UCCGCACAGCGCUUUUCUUAAGAAGUGAUCAAGGAAACUCACAAUCAUGAAGACAUCUUUCUUACUUCUACUGGUGGCAGCUACUUUACUGUCCUGCGAAGCGACAGGGAAGAAGGCCCACCAGCUGGUGAUCCAGUGCAUGUACCCACACGCCUUACCCUGCACUAACCGUAUGGGCUGUAUACUGGAGGAGGAGAGGUGUGACGGCAUAGCGCAAUGUAUCGACGGGUCGGAUGAAGACAACUGUCUGGCACACUACGCCAAGCACGGUGUCGGACUGGCCCAAGCCGUGAUGAAACCCCAGGCAGUGGUCGCCGUACAGAAAAAACAUCAUCCGGCUCCGGUCGUGAUGAAGUCACCUCCAGCUCCUGCCCCGGUCAAAGGUCAACCCGUAAUGGUCCAGUCCCCCAAACAAGUGGUCAUGCUGCAGCAAGUGGUCAACCUGGCCUGCCAGACCGGUUACGUCAUGGGCGAGGACCACCUGUGCUACCGCUUCUCUACCGACGUGGUCAAAUACGCCGCCGCCGAGAGAGCAUGCGCACGGGACGGCGCCGGAUUGGCUGCCCUCAAAGACGAGGUUUCCCACGGCUUCGUGUACGGCUUCCUGCAGUCCUUCAACCCGCACAACCCGCACUGGAUAGGGCUGGACGACAGGGCCAUAGAAGGCCAGUACGUGUACGCUGAUGGCACGGCCUUGGGCAAGUUUAACCACUGGGACACGUCCCAGCCUGAUGACGAGGAUCGGGACCAGGACUGUGUGCAGAUGCAGGGGUACUACUGGAACGACAAGUCGUGCUGCGAGGAGAAACACUACAUCUGUCAGGCGCCACCUGCCCAACAGAUCACGUGCUUCUGCCACAACCACUCUAACCAGUGCACCAUGGAUGGCGCAUGCGCGGACUGCCAGCACAACACCAUGGGCGCGCACUGUGAGCUGUGCCAGCCCGGGUACGCAGGCGCGGCCACCCAGGGGACCCCCCACGACUGCCUCCCCAUCCAGACCUACAAGGUCAUGCAGGUCAAACAACCUGUCCUCGUCAUGCAGCCUAAGGGGAAGUAGUGUGACAAAAGUGAUGACGUUUACAGUCAAAGUCAUGACGUUUACAACCAAAGUCAUGACGUUUACAACCAAAGUCAUGACGUUUACAACCAAAGCCAUUGAGUCAUCGUGGACGUGUUGUUGUUUGGUGUUUUGCUCUAGUCAUCAUAAAUGUCUUGAGACAUUUUCAGAUUUGCCUUGUCUUUGAAGUUGUGUUGUUUUCAUAACCUUAUAUCUACAAAAUUGAAAUAAGUUUACUAAAACAGUAUUGCAUGCACCUCACCUCACCAGUCCCAAAGCCAUGCACACCCCUUUAGGACUCGUAUAUGGAUCACUGUUUACUUGGACAGCUUGAAUCUAAUAUUAUAUCUAUAUGUACUUGCUUGUUUUACAUAAUGCGAUUUGUUAAAUUCUUGAUAACUUGACCUGUUUUUGGUGACAGCAAAUUUGAUAUUAUGUAUAUGUAUCUAAAACAUGGCAUUUCGUAUAAUAAACCAUCUAUAUCUAACAAGUCGAGUGUGCUCAUGUCUCUGUCUAUGUAUUAGUGUGAAUGUGAUGUGCGGAAUUUUGUUUAAAUGGAAUCGGCAAGUUUCGGUAAUCUAUAAUGAUUAAAGUUUACACAAAGCUGUUUGCUACCUGUAGUACGACUUGUUAAAAAGAUAUGUCUUGGGUUAAUCGUUACAGAGUUCAGACAGGUGUCCACAUUCCCACGUCUAUGGGAUAUAUAUAUAUAUAUGUUGACACCUGUACAGUGUAUUAUUGCCAAUCUUGUCGAUCUGUACGAAAUUUUCCUCUACUCGACUCAGCCGACCCGUUUCUGUAAAAUAUAUCUAGCUCUUCACCUGUCUGUUGAAGAUGUUGAGGACGCUUAUCAUACUCUCCCUUGUCUUGUGGGCAGAAGCCGUCCAGAUGCAACCGGCAUUUCAAGAUCUGUACACCGAGGCCCGCCAGAAGGCUACAGAGAUGUGUGCGGAUCAGCUGAACCUCAUGUACGAAGUAAACAACCAGCCUGCUGACCUGGUCUACACACUGUCGUGUCCGGAGAGAGCUGACGACUGUCCGCCUCCGGACACCGUGCCUUUCCUGACCAAAGUGUGCCUCUGCUGUGCCCAACACAAUGUCCUGGACGACUGUAUCUUCUGUACGAGUUUUCCAUAAUAAACAGCACAAAUC